AAAAAAAAAAAGAAAAACCGUUGGGGGUGACCUUGGGGGCUCGAUGGAGAGUGUGGAGGUACCAGGUCCCUAACCCCAGCCUCGCCUUGGCCCACCACCACCUGGCUGGACCAAAGUUAGUGCUAGAGCCAGCUGCUGCGCGGCGGCCCUCCGGCCCCGCCCCAGAUUCAGCCCGGGCCCCGCCCCUCUCUCCAUAGUUACGGCGCUGCGGAGGCGGCGGCCAUCUUGGUGGCGGAGCGAUGAACUGGUCGAAUCCGAAGGCAGCGGCCGCGGGGUCUGCAGCUGGGCCCGGAGGGCUGGUGGCUGGCAAGGAGGAGAAGAAGAAGGCAGGCGGAGGCGUCCUGAACCGGCUCAAGGCGCGGCGGCAGGCGCCCCACAACGCGACCGACGACGGCAUCGGGGCAGCGGUCACGGAGCAGGAGCUGCUGGCGCUGGACACCAUCCGGCCCGAGCACGUCCUGCGCCUCAGCCGGGUCACAGAAAAUUAUUUAUGUAAACCUGAAGACAACAUCUAUAAUAUUGAUUUCACCCGCUUUAAAAUUCGAGAUUUGGAGACGGGGACAGUACUUUUUGAGAUUGCCAAACCUUGCAUUUCAGACCAAGAAGAGGAGGAGGAGGAAGGUAGAGAUGUGGAUAUCAGUGCAGGGCGUUUUGUCCGCUACCAGUUCACACCAGCAUUUCUCCGCCUUCGGACGGUUGGAGCUACGGUGGAGUUCACAGUGGGAGACAAACCUGUGUCAAACUUCCGGAUGAUUGAACGGCAUUAUUUCCGGGAACGCUUGCUGAAAAACUUUGACUUUGAUUUUGGCUUCUGCAUCCCUAGCAGCAGGAACACUUGUGAACACAUCUAUGAAUUUCCUCAGCUUUCUGAGGAUGUCAUUCGUCUGAUGAUUGAGAAUCCUUAUGAGACCCGCUCUGACAGCUUCUAUUUUGUCGACAACAAGCUGAUAAUGCACAACAAGGCUGAUUAUGCCUAUAACGGGGGCCAGUAACUGCUACAGGAACAGGCAGGAGAGGUGCUUUGCUGUGGCCACAAGACCUUGACACCCAGAGGUGAUUGAAGCUGCAGUUUGUUAACAUACACCUUGAAUCUUGCCCCAGGAAGCCAAGGCUGAGGUGGCAGUUUCCUGUGCUUCAGGGGAGGUGCCAAGCAGCGCUAUGUUCUCUUCCCAGUAUUUUUCCUUCCUUUUCUUCCCCUGCCCCUUAGGUCACAAAUGUACUAAAGUAAAAGAUUAGGAUAAACCUCCUGGAUUCCAGAUAAAAAAGUUGAUUUUCUUGUAGUUCCAAGCUAUCUGCUGGUUUUUCCUGACAAACCUUGGUCUCUUGAGGCUUAGUUGUGCCUGAGCGAGAAGCCUGUGGUGGGGCCUGCCAGUAGCUUAGCAGCUCUUCCCAGUCCAAGGCGCCUCCUCCUCUCACUUACCAUCAGUGUUGCCAUCAGUGCAGGCUGCCCUGAGCCUGUGCUUCCUCUUAAACCAACUGGAGUAACUUGAAAGGGGGUGGAGGGGAAGGGUGGUGCCAAGGGUUGAGGUAUAGAUGAUGCUGCCAAACUGAGGUCCAUUUUGCAGAGAGACCUGCUGACCUGUCUGACUCCCAGGGUCCUUGGCCUGCCCUCCUAGGGAUAGACCAAGAUUUUGUUCUGGCAGUGCCUUCCUGUUCUCAGUUUGGAGGACAGAUGAGCUUGCUCUGUUUUCCUGACUCCUAACUUGAGUAUUUUGUGAAAUAAAACAUGUCAGUUUUGUUCAUGGAAUGCUAAUAUUUCUCAAGGCCAGAAUAGGCCUCACUGUAUUUUGUUUUUUUAUUUCCAGACUUCUUUUGGGGAGGUUUUAUAAAAUGUCAGUGGUGUUCCCAGCAUAUGUGCCGUGUGGUUAGAGUUCUGAUGUAUUAAUCAGGCUCCUGAGGCUAAUCUGGCUCAUGUUGGGGGAAGUAUACUUACAAACAAGCAGCAACUUUAAAGGAGAGAUGAUUUUAAAGGAGAGAUUUGAUUUUCUCUACAUAGCAUAGCCUGGAGGAUUGGCUUUUAUGGGGAUUUGCUUCUGAAACUUUGUUGAUUUCUUACUUAGGAGGGUUUUCCUAUCUGCUUUUCUACUGAAGCAGUUUCUGGAACCAGCCUGGCAGAUCAGCCAUAAGUAAUGCACGUGCUGAUCCUUCAAACUGCUAGUUGAAAUUGAUAUGAAUGUUUAGAAAGGGCAAAAUAGGUGAGGUGGUCUGUCAGAGUGAUGUGUUCUCAAAAAAAUCCUUGCAUGUCCAUGCAGAUGGGCUACUUUUGUCCUCAGACCGUUAUUGGAUAGACUGUCACCACCUCCCUGUGGUUGGCUGGUUGGCUGUGUGGAUGGCUUUAGGAGCUCAGCCCAGAAUCCAUGACCCUCUGAUAGGAUGAUUGAUGUGGCCAGAGUCCAUUUAGCAUUGAUAGAAGGGUGUCAGUAGGGAGGGCUCAUGGGUGUAGUAAGUCACUGUGAGGCCUCACAGUACCUGUGACAGGAGAGGGGCAUCCUCAGGUGCUUGGGAGAAAGAGAGGCCUUAUGAGACCAGAGAAAGCAGAGACAGCACCUUGCCACUGAAGUUCCUGUGUAUUCACCAACCAGUGUUGUUCCCUGUUUGGAUUCUAGAGUAUGAGUGUCUUUGAACUUUGGUCCACUGCUUUGUGCCAGGCCAGAGUCUUGGUCAUGCCAUAUGCUGGCAGCUUUCUCACUGAGAAAGCCUGAGAUUACUCCCCUGCUGGCACUGGAUUCAACCCUGAGGGAGGGAAUAGACCAUGUGCCCUAUGGAAUUGGUUCCUUGUGACCCGAGCGGAUUCAGCUACAAAUCCAGUGCCUUAAGAGUGUGGCUCUGUCUCUUACGCUGCUGGGGAAAGCUGUAAAGCUGCUGUUCCCGCCUCAUCUGCAGACAGACAUCAGCACUGUCUUCUGACCUUUUGUUUCUCAUUGUGGCAUCUCAAGUGGGAUUUGUAUGUUCCUGUCAAGCUUAGCAACAAUCCCUUCUCUGUGUGACAGAUUCUCAGCUGGGAGAAUUUCUACUAUUUGAUAUUUAACUAUUAUCUAUGAUGUGGUUUCUGAAGCUGCCCAGAGCUCUGCUUAGUUGAGUGUGUUUUGGAAAUGUGCCCUUGGGCAGAUCAUUUCUAGCACACUAGUGGGCACUUUCUUAUUCCCAGUGUUAGCUUUGUCUGGGAAGUAGACCUGGAAGAGGGGGGAGGUGAGCACUGGGCUGUGUCCCUUCCCUAUUAGUUAGCCUUAGUCUCACUGGAGACAGACCAAGUGCUCAGUCUGUCCAGUUCGACAGGGAUUGGCCAUCUGCUCUUCAAGGUUUGAUGUUCUAUACUAGGGUUCUGGUUUCCUGUGUCUAGCUGCCCAGGAAAUUUUGAGCAGCAUUACCACUCUGGGCUAUUAACUAGUGUGAGUUUGAAAUUCAAGCUUUGUACCAGAGUUGAAGAAGAAAUUGGAAGUCAUACUUUCUCUAAAAGUAACAGAACCAAUCAGACAGUGAAGCAAGCUGCCAUGUUAUUAAGGUAUCCAGACUGCUGAUGGCAGUUACCUUGUGGGUGAUACAGUGAGUGGGGAAAAAACUACCUGCAUGGGGACUGUGCCUUCUGUUACCGAUUGGCAUCUGAGAGGCAGCUUCUCCAGGGAACACAUCCCAGCAGAGUAGAGGGCCCACCGGGUACGGCAGUACCUACGCCUACACCCUUUCCUCUCCAGUCUUGCUCCUGUCCCUCUGCCUUAAAAUCUCUUAAGAGAGGGCCUCUCUUUUCCUAUACAGCCUUUGGGGUGCAGUGCCCUUCUAGGUUCUCUGAGGAAGAUCCUGGUUUAUUUCAUUCUAUAUUCUAGAGGAAAUAACACCUAAAUGUAGCCUGGGGCUAAAUUAGGCUAUUGUUUCCUUAGGUGUUAGCUCAAAGCUGUCUUGCAAAGAAAGCAUAUUUUAGGGGCAUAAGAUUUCCGGAAGACUUGUCUGUCUUCAUACCAUUUGAUUUCCAGUACAUAGGAAUAGUGAUUUGGGGGUGUUAGGGGCUGGUGACUCUUGAAAUGGCAGCGAUUGGGCAAUCUUCAGCUUAUUUUUUGGUUGAAGUGGAACUCUUUACUGGAAUGGAUUUAAUAAGCUGUGUCUAAUGUACAAAUUGAGUGAGUCUUGUUUUAGUGUGUCCUGAUCCCUAGUAGGCCCCCAGGGGUACUCUUUUUUUUCUCUGUUAAGUUACUUUCUUCUGCUGGCCAGUGUUACAGUGACAUCGGUGAGAUUUGGGGUUGGGGACAGUGUGUUUUAAAAUUCAAAGCAGUCUCCUUUGCAGUGCACAAGGAUUCCUCUUGCAGAGGGCGCUGCUGUACCUGGUGUAGGAGCCUAAUUGUUAAACAUUACGUUCCAUGUCACAGAGGGAUGUGGGGGAGGUGGAUUUAUCCCUUCUUUUACAAAAGAUCAUGUAAAGUCAUUGAAGUUGCAAAAGUCUAUUUUUUUCCCUGUAAAUCUAUUUUUCACAGAAUAUAAGAAACAUCAAUGACCUGAUCUGACCUUCCUCCUCUUUCCCACUUCACCCAAGGUCCUCAUUCCAGUUUGGAUUUUCGUUGUCAAAGUAAACUAAGUGACUUAUUUGUAUAAAAUGUUAUUUUGCCAUGAGACAGUAAUAAAAGAAAGAUUUUCACAGUA